AGUAGACCACUGCACAACAACGGACUGCAAAAAAAUACCUAAAUUAUCUAAUUCUGAAAUUACGUAAUCGUUAAGGCACUGCAAGUCAUGCUGACACCCUACAUUUGCCGGGCAGUCCGCUGACAGACGACAAAGGUUGAGGAGCUACAAACGUGGCAAAUGGAUCACAGAACAGUGUUGCUACUUCUGCUGGGUGCAGUGUGCUGUACUAGAUCAGCGCGAAUCUUGGGAAUCUUCCCCUCACCGUCCAUCAGUCAUCAGCUGCCAUUUCAAAACAUCAUGAAGGCCUUGGCAAGCAGAGGACAUCAAAUUACAGUCAUUAGCCCGAGUCCUCUCAAGACUCCAUUACCCAACUACACCGACGUUGACCUCUCAUUCUCGUAUGAAAUCAUCGCUUCCUUUGUGGACGUUACGGCAAUGGUCGAGGCCUCGCCAUACGAAUUUUGUGAACAGUUGAUAUACGCCUUAAACAUCAUUACGGAGCACCAGCUCAGUUCACCGCCGCUUCAAGCGUUCAUUAGGUCAAAUGAUACGAAAUAUGACUUGGUGUUUUUGGAGGCACUGAUGUACCAAAGUUAUCACGGCCUCAUACACCACGUAGGUUCUCCGCCUGUCAUAGGAAUUCUGUCCGUUGAAUUCUUAUUGACUAUGGGGGACGCAAUGGGGACGCCCACGAAUCCGGCAAUCAUUCCAGAUGUUCUGUUACCACAUGGAGAUCACAUGACGUUUCACGAGAGACUACAAAACACGCUGUUCUGGCUGUGGACGAGGUACAAAAAAUACACAGAAUGGUUACCAGCCCAAGAAGAAUUAAUGAGGAAAUUCUUUGGUCCAAACUCCCCUUCUAUUAUUGAUGCAGAAAGGAAUAUAAGUCUUCUUAUGGUCAGCUCAAACUGGAUAUUCAACUAUCCCAUCCCACUUGUGCCAUCUGUGGUGACAUUCCACAGUUUGCAUGUCAAGACUAAAACCGACCCACUCCCAGAGGACCUACAGAAAUUCCUUGAUGAAGCUGAGGAUGGCGUAAUAUACUUCAGCCUUGGCUCCAAUGUACAAAGUGAUCGCAUACCAGAAGAGAAAAGGAUAAUUUUUCUGGAGGUUUUCUCUGAGUUACCACAGAAAAUUUUAUGGAAAUGGGAGUCUGACAUUCUGCCCAGACAGCCAUCAAAUGUAAAGAUUGGGAAAUGGUUGCCUCAGCAAGAUGUUCUAGCUCACCCCAAUAUCAAGAUGUUUAUAUCACAGUGUGGGCUCCAGAGCUUCCAAGAAGCUGUGUAUUUUGGUGUGCCUAUCCUGGGAAUACCCUUCUUUGGAGAUCAGAAGUACAAUGCCAAAAAAAUAGUCACAGAAGAACUUGGAGUUCAGCUGUCACUUCAAGAUCUCACAAAAGAAACACUAUCAGCAGCUAUAAAUGCAGUUCUUAAUGAUCCUAGGUAUCAAAACAGCAUGAAGAAGAUGUCUGCUAUAUCUAAAGAUGAACCACAAAAUUCACUGGAUCGAGCAGUAUGGUGGACUGAAUAUGUAAUACGCCAUAAAGGAGCCAAACACCUGAGGUCUGCGGCACAUGAUUUGGCAUGGUAUCAGUAUUUAUUAUUAGAUAUUGUGGCAGUUUUAAUUCUUCUUCUCGCGAUCACAAUUUUUGUAUCAUACAUUUUCCUGAAGAACAUCUAUAGAUAUCUAACUAAGAAAUAUUAUGAAGUCAAAUCAAAACAUGAUUAGACUUACAAUGGCUGUACACAUUACCAAAUAAAAAUGUAACAUGUAACAACAUCUUCAUUCUAUGGUAUACCUAUUAAUAGUAUUCUUUACCUAUGACAACAUUUUGACAAAAUGUGGAAGAAUAAAUAAACAUAAGUCCAAACAUGAA